UCGGCAAGUAAAGUUGAGAAUAUGGCGUUGUCCGUCUUGUGCUGCUUGAGGUGGUGUGGAAAUGGAGGUUCCGGGCACAUUCAGCUCAAGGAAAUGCCUGCCGUCCAGUUAGACACGCAGCAUAUGGGAACGGAUGUAGUUAUUGUUAAAAAUGGGAGGAGAAUAUGUGGCACAGGAGGUUGCCUAGCCAAUGCACCUUUACAUCAGAACAAAAGUUACUUUGAAUUCAAAAUCCAAUCAACAGGAGUUUGGGGGGUUGGAGUUGCUACCCAAAAAGCUAAUCUUAACCAGAUUCCCUUUGGUCGAGAUGCACAAAGUUUAGUACUUAGGCAUGAUGGAGCUAUUUAUCACAAUAAUGAGGAGCGAAACCGACUACCAGCUAACAGUCUUCCCCAAGAAGGAGAUGUUGUGGGUCUGACUUACGAUCAUGUGGAAUUGAACGUUUAUUUGAAUGGGAAAAAUAUGCAUUGUCCAGCAUCUGGAAUCAGGGGUACAGUGUAUCCAGUUGUAUAUGUUGAUGACAGUGCAAUUUUGGAUUGUCAGUUCAGUGAAUUUUACAGUCCUCCACCUCCAGGAUUCGAAAAGAUUUUAUUUGAACAGCAGAUCUUCUGAUAUGCACUCUAUAAAUGUCGCAAGCACUGCUACCUUGCCUGUUCCUGCUUAGGUGUUUGGUUGGAAGUUGCUUGAGUGCAGUUUCCUUGAAUUGUCAGUACCUUGAAUGACAAUGCAGCAUAAAGAAUUUAGGUUUAUCAUGCUUUCGUCUUUCAUUGUCUGAUAACGUUUUUAAAAACAUUUUUAAAGUGACCAUUGACAUAAAUGUGAGGUGCAAUAAAUAAUAGACCUUAUGCACCCUAUAACUUAAGAAUAACUAAAACUCAAAACGCUUGCCUGUGAAACAUGCAUCUUCAUUAUUACUGUACUUACUAAGUUAGGUACAAGUACCAAACAAAUAAUUAAGCAAAGUUCUACAUGUAUUUUUAAUCCCUUUACCCUGUCCAGCAUUUAUUUUUGUAGCUGUUUGUAUGUACUAAUGAUAUCAGGGUAUUUUCUGUCCUUACAGUAUUUCUCUCUCAACAUUUUAUACUGUUAAGUCUCAGUUAAAUUUUGCCACUAUGGUAAUCGAUUUACUUGUCUUUGCCCUUUCAAUAUCAUCUCACCAUUUCUACUUUGCUUCCUUUUGAACUUUUUUUGGUGCUGGGAUGAGUACACUAUUGGAUGUAAGACAUCUUCAAAAUCACUAGUUAAAAUCAGCUUUACUUUGAGCACAUAUCAAUCACAAUACAAAGAUCAGGCAUCUGUCAGUCAGAAAAAUAUGACAUUUAUCUGACUAAGAUCUGUAGACUCCAGUGGCCUAAUUCAUUAGCAUCUAGCUAGGCUUCCCCAGGAAAAAAGUGAGGUUUCUUCCCUGUCCCCAAAAAUAAAUGCCAUAAAUAUGAAAUUAAAACAGAAUUUUGGAAACAGCAGAUCAGAUGUGUUGAAAGAGUUAACAUUUCAAGUUGAUCACAUUCACAACUAGAAGGAUUUAGUCAUGGCAACAUUUAAGCAAGUUCAGAACUGCAGAAGUGCCAGGAAAAGGGAAAAAUGAUUGGAUGAGGAGUAAGAUGAAUGUGAUUUAUUAAUUCAUUGGUCCAUUGAUACAUGUCUGGCACAAGAACAAGAUAUUGGUUCUGACAAAGGGUCUCUGAGCUGGAAUGCUAACUGUUUCUUUUCACACAAAUGCAACCUGAUCUGCUGAGGAUUUCCAGCAUCUUCUGUUUUGAAAACAUUGGAGAUGCUAAAAAUGUAACUAAAAGAGGUUAACACUGGAAAUGGCAAGUCAGGUGACAUCUGUGGAUUGAGAAACAGUUUGCUCAUCAUUAACUAAUAUUUUAAAGUACUGUAUUGAGAUAGGCAUGGUGAUGCAGGGUAGGUACACAUCAGAAUGGAAAGUGAUCAAAUAAAUUGUGUUGAAUUGUCUUUUGGCUUUAAAACACAAGUUUGUCACUAAUCAUCUCUUAUCUCCUGUUGAUCUUUCACUGAGAUUCAAAUAUGUGCUCAGAGUGAAGCAGGAAGUUCAUAUGAAUAAGUGGUGUUUCUGAAGCUAGAGGAAAAAAAUGUUUUGUCAUCUAAUAUUUUUUUAAAAAGCCUUUUCUCAGUAACUUCAAUCAGCUCUAUCUUCAUCUGUAAAGAACAAAAACUGAACUUACAAAUUCAGGAUGUCUGUCUGAACCAAAUAUUUUUGACCCAAUGUUUAUCAUAGGAUUGGGCUUGUGGAUAAGGUCUAUUAUACUAGUUUUCGGUAUACAGUACAAAGUUUCUGUGAAAUCAUUAUUUAUAUAAAAAUUUAGAAGUGGUGUACAGUUCUUUGUGUAGAUGGUGUAGAAUCUCCAGUGUUCCUUAAUAUUUUCAAAAGAUAGAAAAUGUUAAACGAAACUUGGUUUCAUUGUUUCUGCAAUUAUUUGUAUUGAAAGUAGUAAAGUGGAAAUGUAGUUACUGUAAUCAAAUCAGACCUAUGUUCUUAUUAAUUUUGGAAUUCCUGAAAAGCCAUACAAAAGAAUUGAAUGAGGAUUAUCAAUAAUAGCUUUGUGUUACUUCAGGAUGAUUUAGAAGCAAGCUGUAACCAGACUGUCCAUUGUACACAGUGUGUAGAGGACAGUAAUAUUUAUUUACUGAAUAAUUAAAACAAUAUCCCAAAGUCAACUAUUGUGCCUGUAUAGUAAGAUUAAAUAUUCCAAUUAUGUUCUAGUUUUUUUUCCAGUGAUGCAGUGAAAUAAAUGCAACAUUUUAAAAUACGGUUUUGUUGAUUAAUACCUUCCUGGAUUUGAAUUAAUUUUCUUAGAAAUGAUAUUGAGGAUGGUUCUGUUUUCGUGAGGCUGUGUGAUUAAAAUUCUGAAUGUUUCAGUGUAUUUUAAUGCCCUUAAAUGGUAAUGGAUUUGGGCAAAGAUAAGCUCAGUUCAGAGUUGAACAUUAUGGUUAUUAGGCUUCAAUCUUUUACCUCAUAGUAGUCAUAGUCAUACUUUAUUGAUCCUGGAGAAAAUUGGUUUUCGUAACAGUUGCACCAUAAAUAAUAAAUAGUAAUUUAUUCAGCACUGCUUGCUCUUGUUAACUUCAUUUUCCUUAACACUAAAAUCUCAUUACUCUCCUGAAUAUAACCAGUGACUGAACCCUUAAAGCUCUCGAGAAUCUCUGAGUGAAGAAGUUUCUUCUCAUCUCAGUCCUGAAUAGCCAACUCCUUAUUUUGAUUCUACAAUCCCUGGUUCUAAACACCGCAGCAUGAGAAACAAUAUCCUCACCCCAUACAACAAACCGUCAUACAAGGAAUCAAUCUCCUCAUAAGUGUGCAUUUUAUGAAGGAAAACCAGACCUGUGCAUUAUUUAACUGCAGAUUUACCAAACUAUUUAUUUGGAGCUAGAUCCCAGAAGCUGGAUACACAGAUCCUUUUGCAGUAAAACCUUCAUACAGCUUGCCUUCCUCUUUGCUGACUGAACAUUAAUGAACUUUAUGCGAUGAGUGAACAAGAACAGCCAGAGCUCUGAACACCAACACAUCCCAGUGGUCUACCAUUCUAAGAAUUGGUGGGCAUUUCUUUUUUGUGUUUUCAUAAUUAUCAACAUUUUUCCACAUACAGUGGAUUCUGGCUAACUGGGCUAUCGGUUAAUUGGGGCAGACACUUAUUUGGGACAACUCUUAACAAAAAUUAAUCAAGAAAAUAGCCACAAUUCCCUUUGUUUAUUUGGGACACUAUGCUACUUAAUUGGGGCAGGAGACGUGCUGAACAGUUUCUAACCAGUGUCAGAUGUGUGCACCAUGUGGCCGUGCUUAUAGCAAGCAGUUUUUAAAUAGCGUCAGUUGCCUGUGCUUGUGUUCAAAAAAGCAGUGAUUUUUCACAGAUAGUUGAUGAGAAAUAAGCAGUAAGGCAAUUCAGAACUGUUUUGCUCUCUGCAGUUUCAAGCAAUAACGGCUGGGAGCAAAAAGGAAACUAUUUCGCCACUUCAACAAGUUACGAAGAAGUUGAAGGUAUCAACAAUAAACUUGAAUGUUACAAUGAAAAUGAAUAUAUGGAAGAUGCAAUUGUCCAAAACAUUGUAUGAAGGCAAUAUAUCAUCUACACUAGAUGCCUGCACUGAUUUUGUUCAUUUACAGUCAAUAAAGAGAAUGUGGCAGUGUACACUGGAUGAACUAUUGGGAGCUAAUACAGUUUUACAGUACUGUGGUUCUAUUGAAUGUUCAAAUUUAUUCUGCAUUUUGUUUAAAUACAUAAUUUGUUACUCAGUUAAAUGGUAGUUUGUCUUAACUAUUUCCAUGAAACUUCAGCUAAUUAGGGCAGUCAUUUAACUGAGCGAAAUUGUACUGGUCCCAGUGUGACUAAUUAACAGAAUCUCCACUGUACUUCAUCACUCCUGAGCUCAUUCAUUCAUUUGGUCUGGCAAUAGCCUUGGCAUCUUCACAAUUCAUUACGACCCAACUUUGUAUUACUGCGACUAGUUGGAUUGUUUUUCCUCCUACCAUAUUCAUGUUCAUGAUAAAUUCAUCUUAUAUUAAAUUCAAGAGGGAGCACAAAUGACGUACACAAAGAUACCAGAUACAUUUUUUUUAGUUUAUUUCAUUAUGGUGGCAAAACUAGUACGUGCCAAAGAGAUGGAAUCUGUUUCAGUGAAUGUGAUUAACAUUAAAAUACUAUGCUCUAUUUGGGAAAAUGUACAUUGUUAAUGUAACUGCUUGAAAUAUAUUGUCAAAUUGUGACUGUUGCAAUGAAAUAAAUAUUGGCUUAUUUUGC